AGUUUGGUAGAUUUAUAUUGCAAAUGGAGAGUUUGAGGGUGAAGGAGAUGUUCAAGUAUUUCCAUUUUGCAACAUUUUUGCUUGUUGCUUAUGCUCUUUUCUUUGCUGCUCAUUCCCAGGGUCAAUCAGGCUUCAUUAGCUUGGAUUGUGGAUUGCCCGAAAACUCCAACUACACAGAAACAACAACAGAAAUAAAUUACAUCUCAGACGCACCGUUUAUCAGCAGCGGUAAAGUUUAUACCAUAUUGCCCCAAUACAAAGUAAACCUUCAGUAUUGGGCAACAACUGUCAGAAGCUUCCCUGAUGGAACCAGAAACUGUUACACAAUAAACACCGAAAGGGGCACCAAGUAUCUGAUGAGGGCAUGGUUCUUGUACGGCAAUUACGACGGCAAGAACAGCACGCCGGAGUUUGAUCUCCACUUGGGGCCUAAUUUUUGGGACACCGUCAAAAUUGUCGACUCUUCAUCGGUUGUUGUGAAGGAGAUCAUACAUUUCCCGUUGCAAAAUUAUGUUCGUCUUUGCCUCGUCAACACCGGUUCUGGGACGCCGUUUAUUUCGGCACUGGAACUCAGGCCUCUCAAGAACACCACUUACAAGGUUGAAUCUCAGACGUCGUUGGCACUCGCUGUUCGAAUCGAUGUUGGUUCAAACUUAACUGGGGUAAUAAGGUAUCCAUACGACGUUUCUGAUCGCAUCUGGGUGCCGUAUAACAUUGACGAAUGGAAGGAUAUAACAACAUCACAAACUGUUGAUUCCGAAAACGAUUUCCAACCACCGCAUGUUGUAAUGAACAAUGCCGCCAUGCCGGCAAACAAAAGCGCUCCUUUUCGACUAAUUUUCGAGCUCCUGGAUCCGAGCACAAAAUAUUAUCUCUACAUGCACUUUGCGGAACUCCAGCAGCUAAAACCAAAUGAGUCAAGAGCUUUCAACAUCAACGUAAAUGGGCGGUUCUUGUAUGGGCCCCUUGUUCCUACUUACUUGCUCUUAACCACCGUCUACAGCGCGUCACCCAUUACAGGAGAAGUAAACUACACUUUUACCCUAGAUAAGCUUGAGAAUUCGACUCUACCUCCAAUAGUAAAUGCAAUCGAGAUUUAUGCGCUGGUGGGUGUCUCGCAAUUAGAAACUGACCAAGAUGAUGUGGACGCCAUGGUUAACAUAAAGUCGAAUUACGGAGUUAAGAGAAACUGGGAUGGUGAUCCUUGUGUUCCACUAAAAUACUUGUGGGCGGGUCUAAAUUGUAGCAAUGAUGGUUCUAGUCCACCCAGAAUCACAUCCCUGGACUUGUCUUCUAGUGGAUUGACAGGCGAGAUAAGUACAUACUUAUCCAAACUCACAAUGCUUGAGUCAUUGGACUUAUCAAACAACAACUUAACAGGAUCAGUGCCUAACUUCCUUUCUCAACUGCCGAAUUUGAGAGUCCUAAACUUAGGAAACAACAAGCUCACAGGUUUGGUUCCAGCUGAACUCAUUGAAAAAUCGAGUGAUCGUUCCCUAUCAUUAAGUGUUGAAGGAAAUCAAAAUUUAUGUGCCUCGUCUCCAUGCAAGAAGAAGAAAAAGAGCAGCAAUAUCGUAAUUCCGGUUGCUGCAUCAGUUGGUGGCUUGUUCAUUGUCUUGUUAAUUGCAGGGACUAUUUUGAUGGGUCUGAAAGCUAGAAAGAAACAAGGUUUAGUCAAGGAAGAAUUCGACGAUCAAAAUGAGUCAUUCGACUCCAAGAAACGGAAAUUCACCUAUUCUGAAGUCAUAAGAAUAACAAACAACUUCAAACGAGUUUUGGGCAAAGGUGGAUUUGGGACAGUUUAUCAUGGCUUCAUAGAUGAAGGUAGUCAAGUAGCUGUCAAGAUUAUUUCUCUUCCACCUAUUCGGGUUGACCAUCAGCAAUCACAAGAAGAGAAGGAAAGAAAUCAAGAACAAAUUGAACAACAAUAUAAACAAUUUGAAGCAGAGGUUAAGCUUCUUUUGACGGUUUAUCAUGGAAAUUUGACAAGCCUUGUUGGAUAUUUCAAAGAAGGAGCCAACAUGGGCCUUAUCUAUGAAUACAUGGCCAAUGGAGAUUUAGAAUCGCAUCUUUCAGGUAGGCAAGCCAAUGUCCUUAGUUGGGAAACAAGGCUUGAAAUAGCCAUAGAUGCAGCACAAGGAUUGGAUUAUCUGCACCAUGGUUGUAAGCCACCUAUAAUCCACAGAGAUGUGAAGACUGCAAACAUCUUGUUGAAUGAGAACUUUCGAGCGAAACUUGCUGAUUUUGGUCUGUCAAGAUUUUUCUCGGCUGAUGGUGCCACUCAUGUAUCCACACGUCAUAUUGCUGGCACUCCCGGAUACCUUGACCCUGACAUAACAAACAAUAGCUGGCUCAAUGAGAAAAGUGAUGUUUAUAGCUUUGGGGUGGUUAUCCUACAGAUAAUCACAGCCCGACCUGCCAUAAGUAGAACUACUGAUGAUGAGAGGACUCACAUAAGUGAAUGGGUUGAUUUUAUGCUGUCUAAUGGCGACGUUAGAAGUAUUGUCGAUCUGCGAUUACAAGGAGAUUUCGAAAUCAACUCGAUGUGGAAAGCGGUUGAGAUAGCAAUGGCUUGUUUAAACCCCCCAGCUUCAAGAAGGCCAAACAUGAGCCAGGUAGUGAUUGAGUUAAGGGAGUGUCUGGCAUCAGAAUUAACUCGGAGGAACAAUAGCCAUGUAACUGAUUCAUCAUAUUUAAAUGACGCAUUGCCUCUAAAUAUGAGUGUGGCAUUCAGUCCUGUGGCAAGAUAGAAGCACUUAUUUCUCCAAAAGCAUUGGUUUCUUGUGCGGAGUGGUUUUCAGUCACGAUCUGUUACUUGAGCCUUCUUUUUAUUUUUUUUAUUUUUUUUUUAUUUUUAUUUUUAACAAAUUCAACACUCCACUCAAAUGUUAUUGUGGAUUGACUUUGUAUCGUGAUAAUUUGAUGAUGGACGUUCAUCUUUUUUGUUUUGGUUAAAUAAAUAAAUAUAUAUGUGCGUGUGUAUG